AUGCAAAACUUGGAAUCUCUGCGAAGUGGAGGCUAUCGCGACCAAGGCCUCCAGAAGCUCAAACUCUCUGAGCCCUUGUAUGAAUUCCCCGGCGAGAUCCUAGACCUGGCCGAUACCCUCGAGCAUCUUGACCUCUCGGGCACCGGCCUCUCAACCCUGCCCGAGGACUUCAGCCAACUGCAAAAGCUCAAGAUCGCCUUCUUUUCGGAUUGCCGAUUCACUGUCUUCCCCAAACAGCUCGCAGCAUGUCCCGAGCUCGAGAUGGUGGCAUUCCGAUCCAAUGGCAUGACAACCAUACCGGAAGGCGCCUUGCCAUCCAAGCUUCGCUGGCUUAUUCUCACUAAUAACCGCAUUGAGGCACUACCCAGAGGCAUCGGUCGCUGCUCGCGUCUCCAGAAGUGCAUGCUUGCUGGCAACAGCCUCUCCACUCUGCCGGACGAUAUGUCGGCGUGCCAUAAGCUCGGCUUGCUUCGUCUGUCUGCCAAUAAUUUCGCCGGCUUGCCGCCCUGGCUCUUUGAGAUGCCCGAGCUCGCCUUUCUGUCGGUUGCGGGCAACCCUUGCUGUGCCGUGAGCCUCGACGAAGAGCUCGCCCUACUUCGCAAAGUGGAGUGGCAUGAUCUUGAGAUCGGAAGCUUGCUCGGCCACGGAGCUUCCGGCGACAUCUUCAAAGCGAGUUGGACACUGGCCGAUUCGGUGGUGGAACAGGUGGCUGUGAAACUGUUCAAGGGAGAGGUGACGAGCGACGGGACGCCUCUUGACGAGAUGGCCGCAUGCUUGGCCGCAGGCUCCCAUGACAACCUCAUAAGCACCCUGGCGAGCAUCCAGGGCCAUCCGGAGAAGCACGGGCUUAUCAUGCAACUCAUCCCCCCUCAUUACCAGACUCUUGGCCUCCCGCCCUCGUUGCAGACCUGCACUCGAGACCGAUACGGGACCGACAACCCACUGUUUCUCGAGACCGCCUUGGAAAUCUUGCGCGGAAUAGCCGCGGCUGCUUGUCACCUCCACAGCCGGAAGGUCUCUCACUGCGACCUGUACGCUCAUAACAUUCUCGUCAACGAGACUGGGCAUGCUUUGCUGGGCGACUUUGGCGCGGCGACUAUUUACGAGCACCUCGACGGAUUCGACUUUGAGAAGCUUGAGGUCCUCGCAUUUGGCCAUCUCGUGGAGGACAUGCUUGGGUUGGUCAACAUCAAAGAAGAGGAUGGCAGGGGGCAAAAGGCGCUUCGAGAGCUGCAGAAGCUACACACUCACUGCUCAACCCCAGUUGUGUGCGAGAGACUGACUUUCGCGCAAGCAGUAAGAGAGAUACGGGCGGUUACCAUGCACAUCAAUGAAGCGGACCCGUAA